UGGGUAAUAGCACUUUUUGCAGCAAAUUCAUCGGCUGAGGAGGCGGAGAAAACCACUAUGACACUAUUAAACUUAACAAGCUUAAAUUGGUAGGAGUCGGGGCCUUUGGCAGAGUCUGGGCAGUACAGUUACUAGAGUAUAAAAGUGAAGAGAAAUUCAUCUCAGAUGCAGGAAAUGAAGAGAGGGUGUAUGCUCUCAAGGAGCUUAGUAAACCUAUUAUCAUUGUUAAGGAGGCUGUAACUGUAGCGAAUAAUGAGGUCAGAAUACUUCAAGAUAUACCCAACUAGCAAGUUUAUUGUCAAUAUUUGGUACUCUUUUCAAGAUGAACAGAAUGCUUAUGUCCUUAUGGAUUACGCUCCUUGUGGAGACCUCCUGUUUCAUAUGAAGAGAAUCAAGAGAAAGCAAAUCCUUAAAGAUGAGAAAGGAGGAACUCUUAGUGAGCACCAGGGCAAGUUUAUGACAAUGUGUAUCCUUGAAGCACUUAGAACCAUUCAUGGCGCAGGGAUUAUUCAUAGAGACAUCAAACCUGAGAAUAUUAUUAUUGAUUCAAAUGGCUACCCAAGGCUUGCUGAUUUUGGGAUAGCAGAAUUUGAUGCUAACAUUACGCCUGGGAGUCAAUUUGGCACCUUAAGCUACAUGGCACCAGAGAUAAUCUUUGAUCAUAAGUAUUCUUACACAGUUGAUUUUUAUUCCUUAGGAGUUUUACUACUGCUGAUGGUCACAGGAGAUAUGUUGAGUGUCGGUAAGACUCCAAAAGAGGCAAAGAAUGCAAUUUCCCUCAGAAAUGAUUCGAUAACUACUAAAAAGUUCACGAAAAGAUAUCCCUAUCUCUCUGAAGAAUGAUGAGAUUUGAUUGUCAGUCUUCUCUGCACAAGCCAACACAAAAGAAUAGGUGUAGUUGGAGGUGUAGAUGAGAUCCUUAGUCAUGAGUGGUUUGAGGGCAUUGAAAUCUCAACCAUCCAGCAACAGACCUUUAUCUCUCCAAUCUAUGAGAUUUGCACAGACCAAAAAGCCAUAUUAGAGCUGACUUCAAAUGACUUUAAUAAAGGGGAGUCCACUAGUUUCUGGAAAAAAUAAAGAGAAUAAAGCGAUGAAGUUGAUAUCAAAAAGUUUAGUUGACUAUGGCAACAACUAUCAAACGCACUUCACUGCAUUCGACUACCUCAAUGUUGUGUUCGAAGAUGAAGAUAAUCCAUUUGAUAAGACAGAAAGAGUCAGGAGACAUACAAUGUCAUCAAUUUCUAAGCAAAGAAAUGCUUCCCUCUCUGACAUCAUAGAGAGGGAUAAAUUGAGAUUAGAACUCAGUAGUAAUUUUAAUGAUGACCAAAAAUCACCAAUGGCUUUACAAAGAAUCAGCGAGCCUAAAAGCGAACAGGGAGGUAAAACAGUAUCUCCUGCCAAUGAUCAAAAGAAAGUCAUCGAAGACCUUCAGCUUAGCCCUGAGGUAAAAGUUGACAUGAGCAAAUCUCCAGAAUAAUCAUUUUAGUUUAUUUCAGUACAUUAAUUUAG